CCACUUGACUCUGGGUUUGUUAGUGCUAUACAUAAUGGUAAGCUUGAUAUGCUUAUCAUGAGAGAAGGGGUUGCAAAUUGGAUUGUCAUGCAUGAGAAACCCUUUUCUGUUGUGGAAUAAGUAGGGUUUAAUAUGAUGUUAAAGAGGGGAAUACCACAGUGGACUAGUGUUUCACGUCAAACUAUAAAAACUGAUGCAUUUAAAGUAUAUGAGGUUGAAAAAAAGAAGUUGAAAGACACUUUGAAGAAGGUUGAUAGGAUCUCUUUAACCACUGAUCUAUGGCGUGCAAGACCGCAAAAGAUUGAGUACAUGGUUCUUACUGGUCAUUUUGUUGAUCGGGAUUGGAAACUACAAAAGCGAGUCUUGAGUUUUGUACACAUACCUCCUCCUAGAAAAGGAAAAGACAUAGCAAAUUGCAUAUUUAGGUGCUUAAAGGAGUGGGAAAUUGAAAACAAAGUCUUCACGGUAUCAGUUGAUAAUGCCAGUGCAAAUGAUUCAUGCAUACAAAUUAUGAAGGAUACGUUCUCACUAACUAAGAGGUUAGUAUGUGGUGGAAAAUUGUUCCAUGUUCGGUGUUGUGCGCAUAUUAUUAAUAUUAUGGUCCAGCAUGGUCUAAAGCAAGUCAAAACCAUCAUUAAGAAUGUCCAUGAUUCCGUGGAAUACCUCAAUGGGAGUAAGGCAAGAUUGAAAAAGUUCGCUGAGCUUGUCCAACAAUUCAAUCUCAAGGAAAGGAGAUUAGUUCUUGAGUGCAAGACUCGAUGGAAUUCAACUUAUGAUAUGUUAGCUUGUGCAAUCAAGUUCAAGGAGGUAUUUUCUAGACUUGCUUUAGAGGAUAACGAUUAUGUUUAUUGUCCUAGUGCUGAUGAUUGGAUUAAAAUUGAGAAAUUGAUAAAGAUCUUAAAGGUUUUUUAUUGUACUACCAACAUUAUCUCAGGCUCUGAAUAUCCAACUUCUAAUUUGUUUCUCUCGGAGGUCUACUACAUUAAGAAAAUGUUGGAUAGUAAUGCUGAUUCCCCUGAUGUUUUUGUUAAAGAUAUGGUUAAAAACAUGAAAGAAAGGUUUGAUAAGUAUUGGGGUGAAUGUAAUUUGAUCAUGGCUUUAGGUGGGUUGUUAGAUCCUCGUGUUAAGAUGAAGGUUGUUGAAAUUACUUUUCCUACCAUGUUUGCUUCAGAUAAAGUUAGGGAGAAUAUAAAUAAAGUUAAAGAUACUCUGAUUGAAUUGUAUGAUGAGUAUCUCAAUAUUUAUCCUCCUUUAGUGGAGGAAUUUGGUGAAUGUGGAAAUGGAACGUCAAAUGUUGAAGAAGAUGACCUUUAUGCGAUGUCUAGAAUUAUACAAGUUGUGAGAAUUGGGGAAACAUCUCAACCUAAGAAAUCAGAAGUGGAGUUGUAUUUUGAGGAAGAAACCUUUGUUGUUGAAGGAAAUAGCCCAAAUAAGUUUGAUGUUUUACAAUGGUGGAAAGAAAGGUCUUCAAAAUAUCGCAUUUUGUCUAAAUUGGCUGCCGAUAUCUUAGCUGUUCCUAUUACAACUGUUGCUUCCGAGGCUACUUUUAGUGCUGGAAGUCGUGUUAUUGAUUCUUAUCGAGCAUCAUUACUUCCCGAGACCGUGCAAAUGUUGAUUUGCGUAGGAGAUUGGUGUAGGUCCCGUUAUGGAGUGCAAAGAAAGAACAAAAGUAUUGAAGAGGAUGAACCAAAGGAAAUCAUUCUUCCUAUUCCUUAGGUUACUUUUCCCUCACUCCUUUUCGUUAAUCUUUAUAUUACUUAAUUUUUAUAAUGACUAUAUGUUGACUUUUUUGUGUAGGUUUUUCGGAAAAAAACAUGAAAAUAAGAGCAAGAAGGCGUUUGUUUUAAUUUUAUGGAACCUUUGAUGUUGUAUUGAUGAAUCAUGUAUAAUUUUAUUAAUUUUACAUUUGAAUUUGAGACCAAAUUUUAUUGUUUGAA